AUGACUCUUGAGUAUCUUGCAUUUGAUGGUCUACCUCGUCUUUCAAAAAUUUACAAUCUUCUAUCAUAUACACCUCGACUUCGUCGUUUGUCAGUUGAGCAUAUAUGGGGUGAUAGUUACACACCACUAGUACAAUUUAUACUGCCACGCAAUCUAACUAGUAUUUCUCUAUGUUCUUGGGGUUUAUCAUUUGAUGAACUCGCAUCAUUCAUCGCAAUCGUUGGUUCUGAACUCGAAUUCUUACGCAUUUCAAUUGUUCAUCAAACUGCUCUAUCAAAUGCUUAUCAAUGGCAACAAUUAAUGUUACGUCAUAUGCCACGUUUACGUACGUUUCUCUUUGAUUACCAUGGCCCAUUAAUUAAAGAUGCUGAUGAAAAUAAUCGCUGUCGAACAUUACUUGAUGAAUUUUCUUCGCCAUUUUGGAUCGAACGGCAAUGGUUUUUUGCCCAUAGCCAUUGCCAUUAUCAUCAGUUUUCUCAAGAAGUACGUUUAGCAUUCUAUUCAACGCAAAUGCGCCGGCGAUACUGCUGUCAAAUUGAUGAAUUUUUAGAUGAUAACAUAUGUUCGUACCAAGAUCCAGUCUUCAAUUUAUUUUUUGGGCCACGCAUUAGUAUGAAAAAUCGAAAUAUUGUUGCCAAUUUUCCUUUUCAGUUUCCUCGUGUAACUGAAUUAGAACUUAGAGAUAAUUAUUAUACGAUCAAUAUUGACUCAUUCAUUGAUAAUCUAAGUCAUAUUAUAAUUUUGACAAAUAUUACUUAUUUGAGGAUUUCAUUUAAUAAUCAAUUGUUGAACAACUUUGUUAAACUUCUUAAUCGUAUGCCUAAUGUUCAAAAAUUGAUUCUUGACGUACGGCCAUCAUCUGAAAUGGAAGUAUUGUCAAAUCAACAAACUAAUACACUUGACUUCGUAUGCAAUAAUAAUGUGCGAACUGUACAAAUAACUGGUGAACUUGCACUUGCCACUGUUCAACUAAUCAAGAACCUUUUUCCUCGAAUGGAACAUCUUCGAAUUCUGAACCGAGAGAAUGAUCUCAUAUCGAUUGUACGAACGUUGUUGUCAAACAGAAUUAAUAACAGUCAUCUUUUUUCACUGACGUUUGAUGGUGAUGAUGCGAUGAUCAAAAAAUUGAAGACAAUAAUUGAUAAUAAAAAAUUACUUGAUAAUUAUAAUAUUGAACAUCGACAGUCUGAAUUGUGCUUAUGGUGGUAA